UUUUAAUUGACAUGACCUUGAGUGAAAGAAUGGAGGGGAGAUAGCAUCAAACCUUCAAAUAUUCCUUCUUUUCCUUCUCUGGAACCAGAUCAUUCAACCUUCUCUAUACUGACAUAUUAUUUAUUAUGUUUCCAAAGAUUUAAAUUCCAUUUGGAAUAUUCUUUUAAUUCAAUUAAUGGUUAGGGUAUGAAUUAAAAUAAUCAAAAUUAUUAUUGCCUCAUGAUAUCUCAUAAUAUUAUUCUUAAAGAAUUAUUUAAUGAUAAUUUACUGCAACUAAUAUUUAGUAAAUAUCAAAGAUGUCUUUUCGCUUAGCUCUCUGUUGUUUCAUAUUAUUUUGUAAUUUAUUUCUAAUCGAAUCAAGUCUUCCAGAAGUAGCUUUAGUGCAAGGAAUCGUUAGAGGAUUAUAUACAAAAACAUUCAAAAAUCGCCAAAUAGCUAGUUUUGAAAGUAUACCUUAUGCAGAACCACCAGUAGGAAACUACAGAUUUAAAGAACCUAUUCCAGCAGGCCCAUGGUUAGGUGUAUACAAUGCAACUACGGAACCACCUGCUUGUCUUCAACUUGACUUCUUUCAAACUAAAAGUAUAAUUGGAUCAGAAGACUGCUUGUAUAUCAAUGUCUACACACCGCAGUUACCUGAUAAAAAGAUCGAGGAUAAACAAACAAAACUUCUUGAUGUAUUAGCAUUUAUUCAUGGUGGAGCUUUUAUGAUUGGGAAAUCUGGAUACCAUGGACCCUCUAUUCUUCUUGAAAGGGAUAUAGUUCUAGUGACAUUCAAUUACAGGCUUGGUCCAUUAGGUUUUCUUAGCACAGAGGAUAGUGUAGUCCCAGGAAAUAAUGCUUUAAAAGAUCAGGUUCUGGCAUUACAAUGGAUUCAAAAGAACAUAGCAGCAUUUGGUGGGAAUCCAAACAGCGUGACCCUAGCUGGGCAAUCAGCAGGGGGAGGAAGUUGUCAUUACCAUGUACUGUCUCCGCUCAGUAAAGGUUUAUUUCACAAAGCCAUUUGUAUGAGUGGAGUAGCUUUGAAUCCAUGGGCAGUAGCAGAUAAUUUAAAAGAAAAAACAAUGAUAAUUGCAACUGAUCUUGGAUGUCCUACAAAUAAUUCACUAAUUAUGAUUGAAUGUUUAAGAAAUAGACCAGCUGAACAUAUUGUUUCAAUCAUAAAUAAAUUUGUGUAUUGGGGAGAUAUGUACCCCCUUAUGUUUUUCGGUCCAGUAAUUGAACAACCCAGUGCAACUGCUUUUAUUUCUGAUUCACCUGUAAACAUUAUAAAAGAUAAGAAAGGUUCUGAUGUUCCACUUAUUUUUUCUUUUACACAUGAUGAAGGAUUGGCUGCAGCUGGAGCAAUUUUAACGAAACCUGGUUUGUUUGAGGAUAUGCUAAGUCGCUGGGAUGAGUUGAUUCCUCUAAUUCUGGAUUAUAAUUACUCUGCACCUUCUGAUAAGAAGUCAGAAAUCACAAACAAAAUCAAAGAAAAAUAUGAAAUUGAUGAUACUCCAGAAGGACAUAAAAUAUUUAUAAAGCUGAUUGGAGAUCGCCUAUUUGAAUCUGGCAUAAGUAAAACUUCGAAAUUGUCAGCUUCAGCAUAUACUUCACCAAUAUAUAUUUACAGGUUUUCUUAUAGAGGAAAACACUCAACAACCGAGUUACUUGAUAUUAAAGAAGACUUAGGUGUCUGCCAUGGUGAUGAUGUCUUUUAUACUUUAGGAUUUUUAAAUUUCAACUUUGUAGAAACUGAACCCGAUUCAGAAAUGUCUAAGCAAAUGCUCGAUGUAUUUGUAUCUUUCUUAAGAAAUGGAUCAUUAGGAGAGAACUGGGAACCAGUGAAUCAACACUUGCCGAAAAUUGUCUUCACAGAUAUCAAAGAUCACAAAAACUUUCAACUCACAACAGUUGAUGAAUUAGGAGAAGAAAGUUUCUGGGAUUCAUUAGGUCUUAAAGAAAAUCUGCAAUAAUACUAAAUUUCAAAAAUAAUUUAAGGAUUUUUUUCUAAUUAAAAAUAAAUUUAUAAUUUAAUUAAACAUACAAUUGAUAUUAUAAGUUGUUUAACGAACCUCUCUCUUAUUAUAC